CUCCAAGUCCUCGGCCUCCGCGACCCGGAGCUGGGAGGGCGGCGCAGGUUUUCAACUCCCCCCACUUCGUCUCGGUCUCCUCCCCCCGCCGCCGCCACCAACCCCGAGCCGCGGCGGCACCGGCACCGGCGGCCACGGUACGGCGACGGUUGUAAUGAAAAGUUACAACACCUGCUAAGGGACAGGAGCUCCGCUACGAAGUUCGACAUGGGGUCAGGAAACCUGGUGAUGAAGAAGGUGGUGAGGCCCAGCUCAUUCGAUCUGGACAUACAGCUCGACAAAAGCUGGAAGGAGGACGUGACUUGCCCAAUCUGUCUAGAUUACCCCCACAACGCGGUCCUGCUUAGAUGCACAUCUUACGAGAACGGCUGCAGGCCGUUCGUGUGCGACACGGACCAGACCCGCUCAAACUGUCUCGAGAGGUUUAAGGGUGCAUACGAGCUGCCUGCCAACGUGAAGAUCUCGUCUAUAGCCGUGGCUCCUCUUGACAGCAUCCACAUCGUGUCGUCUCAAGUGAACAACCGCCCGAGCUGCCCGUUGUGCAGAGGCGAUGUCAUUGGGUGGAUUGUCAUUGGCGAGGCUCGUCUGCACCUUAACCAGAAGAAGAGGUGCUGUGAAGAGGAUCACUGUACCUUUGCUGGUAACUUCAACGAGCUUCAGAAGCACACGCAGCAGAAGCAUCCGGAUUCACGCCCUUCAGAAAUCGAUCCUGCCAGGCAGGUUGAUUGGGAUAACUUCCAGCAAUCUUCUGAUAUUGUGGAUGUCUUGAGCACGAUACAUGCACAAGUUCCUAAUGGUAUUGUUCUCGGAGAUUAUGUCAUUGAGUAUGGGGAUGAUGAAACUGGAGAAGACUACGAAGUUCUCCGCAGGGUUAGGAGGAGGUGGUGGUCCUUUAUCUGUUGCAAAGCCUUCUGCAGAUAUCCGAGAAGGCGAAGAAGAGGAAGAUCAAGGGAAAGUAGAGGCAGUGGAAGGAGGAACAGCCAUCAGGCUCAUCUGGAAAACUUCAAUCUUGAGGUUCCGACACAGGCUGUUGACUUGAGGGAACUCAGAUUUGAUGAAAUCGAUGAUGAAUACAUUGUCACAGGGGCCUUACCUAGUAUGGGAACACCUGGAAGAAUGGCCAGUUUCCACUACAGGGAUACAAGAUAUGGCCGGUGAUCUGCCUACUUAUAGAACAAGCUGAUAAAGAAAUGGAAUUGCAGCCAUGAUGUGAUGCCGCAACCAUCAGGACAUUGUACCUCUGCUCAUUUUUGUUUCUUUACCGCCUUGGUUGUUGCUAGGUGCCGCUCCAGCCCAAACUUCCUGUGCAUAAGAAGUAGCAACAGAAACACUCUGCCGUCGUCCAUUUGCAAUAGAUUUAAUUAUCCUAGUUUUCAUCUUGUAUAUAUUUAGCACCCAUCUCUACAGUGAUGUUGGUGAAAAGCUUUUUUUGCCUUUUGGAAAUGCUGCUUCUGCUCGGA